CGGGGACGUGACAAAUUGAAAACAGUAGCUGAAGCUGCCAGUGUGACUAAGAAGCAACCAUGUGGUCUCCCAAUCUACAUGUAUCUGACGAGAAUCAGAUUCCAGCCAUUCACAAAUCGAAUCGUAAAUCUGUUGGACGCACUCCUCUGCAGGACCUUUCAGGUGAAAACCUUUUGACUGAAUCAAAGAACUUCUCAAAAGCCAGGUCCUCCUUAACCUUAUCGUCUUGUCCAACCAAUUUAGCUAGGAAGUUUCCCCGAAAGGAACUAUCCAGCUGUAACACAGGGUCAGUUGUAAAUAUUUGGGUUGAAACCUCGUCAAAGACUAAUUUUACAGGUUGCUCAGUAAAUAUGCCUGCUGUAACAGAUCUUCAGCUAAGCUCGAGAAGGGAAGAGCAUGUACCCGAAGAGAAUCAGAGUAAUCCACAACUCCGCAUCAAUGAUAAUUUCAUCCAGCUUAACAAAAAUGUGGAACUUUCGGAUUAUGAUGGUCAAACUUCUAUCCAAAAGCAAACUAAUUCUCUAGAGGAAACUGUGGCAAGCUCAUCUUUAGAAGUGGCAGCUACUGACCUUGAGCCAAAAGAAAAUGAGAUAAAGAACCAUUUGUUAAUUGAUAGCUGCCAGAAAGAUACUUUGAUAACAAAUGGACAGUCAACUGAAGACAUUGAGAUCUGUGAAUAUACAGAGGCUGAAAAUGGAAAAGAUAACCUACUGCAACUUACAUUGUCCUAUUGCUCAACAGAUGAAACUGAGCUAAGUAAGGAUCUUAAUAAUUUAAUACCAGAUACUAAUAUCUGCCAACAAGCAGAUGUAGCCCAUUCAUUUCCAUUUAAAAGCACAUCUCAUGCCCAAGAUAAUCUUGAACUGGACAUGGCUAGUUCAUAUGAAACCAAUAAAAUGACUGGUUUUGAUUAUAACCUUUCUAAAAUUUCUGGUACUUUACCCACCAUGAAGGCUGAUGGCAGCCAACUGGAGAAAGACAAAUAUGAUGUUAUACAUACUGUACCAUGUGAAAAGCAUAAUUUAUUGGUAGCUAAAACUGAUGAAGAUGCUAAUACUAACAGCUGUGCUGCUGCUUAUGACCAUUGUCUCAGUAUCCUAGAUACAAUUGCUAACAAAACUUUCGAAAUUGAUCCUUGCCUGGAUGUUACAGAACAUCAGAGUAAUGCACAAAGUACUUUAGCAAUCUCUUCUUCUUUUCCUUGUUUUAAAGGAUCAUUGAACAAAGCUAAUUUUACUGAAAUAAAAGAAAAAGACCCUAACCAUAACAGUCUUCCUGAGGACGUCAUCAGUCAUGUGGCGGUGUCUGAUAUAGUUAACCAAAGCAGAUGUUUACCAGACCACAUAGACAACAAAUUAAUUGUGGAAGAAGAUCCAUCUAGAAAUGACCGUUACAUUAAAGCCACAGAACUAAAUGAAGACACAAGUUUUUCAAACAAUAUUGGUUACAGAGAGUUUCAGACUUUUUCUUUGAUUGAAGAAGAAAUAUUUGAUCAGUCAGAUAACCCAAAUACCCCUGCUUUAAAAGAUAGAGUGGAACUUUAUUAUAGUGAGCCAGCCAGUGAUUCCCUUUCAAGACGCUGUAUCCUUGAGGACUUCCCUACAGUUAGUGAAUCUGUUUCUUGCAAACUGAUGUCAGAUUUACCUGACAAUAACUUAAAUACAAGUGAAGAAAAUACCCCUGCUCCCCCUGCUGAAGUAGAGAGUUUGUUACAAGGGGGAACAGACAUUCCUUCCAAACCUCUCUCUUUUGAUAAUGGAAAACACAGUGAUUACGUUUCCCUCUUACUUGCAGAUCAUCAAGAAGUUACACCCAUAAUUUCUCCAAGUGACAUUAAGAAUGUGACCCCUGGACUUUAUUCUAGUGUAAUGAGGAAAAAUAAUGAGCCACAAUUAAUGGCUCAAGAAAUUCCAAUACUUAACAUGAGGACAAUAACACAAAUGACCCCUAAAGUGCUCUGUUCUCCAUUAGAAGCUGGGACUUGGAUGACUCCAACAUCAACCUCUAGUGCAGCCACAUGGACUACACCUAUUAUGUUGCUAAAUAAAAGCCUGAAUACUUCAUGGGACUUCACUAAAAAGGGGGAGAGAAAUGCAAAGGAUAACGCUUCUGAAACAGAUUCCUUGCUUUGGAAUUUUUCCAAGGAGUCGUUCCGUGAUGCAUCUGCAGAAGAACUGGUGAAUCGGUUAGAAGGAGCAUUAAUUGUGAUUGAAGUUCUUUCUCGUCAGCUUCAAGGAUGGCAACAGGAUCAUAAACUGGGCUUAUUUUCAAGGCCUUCUGAACAGAGAGAGAAAGCCACCCAGACAUGUGUCACAUACAGCAGCAAUGAGGAACAGUAUUAUCAUAAUCUCUACGUAACAACUAAGGCCCGGCUUCAAUCACAGUUACGUUCCAAUGAAGAAGAGGAUCAGUUGAAGCAGAUGCUUAGGGACACCACCCAGCUGCUGGCCUCUCAGAAGAUGCAGUCAGAAUCUAUGUUCAAAUAUGCUAAUAAUUUGUAUGAUAUAACUCAGAAGAAUAAAGCAGACCUUAACCUGAAGAUGAGCAGAGUCAGAGGCCUCCUAGCUGAUCACAUGACUUUACUAAAGAAGAUGGAAUCAAAAAUGCAAGCGAACAUUGCUCAGAGGGAGGAAAUGAGAAACUCCAUGGAAAAAGCUUUCCUUAUCAAAGAAGCGGCAGAAGAGUGUCUGCGAGAUUUUGAGCUUCACGCAUCUACAGUCAUUGCCCAACUGCAGCGUGACCUGGAAUCCGAAAAACUGCUCUGUGAGACUGUUAGACAGGUGUAUGAAAAACAGCUGUCCCAUAAUGAAGUGAUAGGGAAGUUUUCUAAAAGAGCACAGUUGGUUUGCUCAGAAAUGGAAGAUUCCCAAAGUCACGUGAAAUUACAGUUGUCCCAAGCAAGGGAGCUGAUGUCCAAGCAUUGGCAUUUAUUUGAGGUUAUGAAAAAGAGGACACAGUCUUCUGUGCAGGAAUAUGAAGCCAUGAAGAUUGAAAGAGAUCGAGCCUUCUUGGAAAAGGAAGAAAUGUACAAUCAGCUAGAAGAUAUUAAAUCUCAAAGUGAUCAGAAGACACUGGAGGCCACUCGUCUUGCUUCUGAAUUGGGAACCCUGAUGGAGCAGCUAUGUAAACUGGAGUGUGAAGUUGAUCAACUGAAACAGGACAAUUCUGAUCUGGUGGAGAAACUGUCUGAUAAGGAUUUAUCUUUGAAACUUUUAGAAAAAGAGCUUGACGAAGCAAAUACUCGGGAUCAAAAAAUUCGGAAACAAAAUAAGCUUCUUGCUGAUACAGUGCCUAGAUUGGAAUUUGAUCUCUCAGAGGCUGAACGACAGAAAAGAGCUUUGCAGAUACAAAUUCAAGAAUUGGAGAUGGUUCACACCUCUCAAGUUGCUGUUUUCACAGAGAGCAUUGAGUUUCUUGAACAAGAGAAUAGUGUAUGUCGAGAGCAGGUGGCAGAAACUGAAUCUCAGCUCAAAACAAAUCUGUUUGCAUUACGAGAACGAAAUCUACAGUGUGAGGCCCAGAAGGACGCAAUCCGUGAUUUACAGAGGGAAUAUGACGAGCUGCAGGAGGAAUUGCAGAACACUAAAUGUGAGGCCCGAGAAAUGCUUCUGAAAAUGGGGAAAGAUAUCUCAGACUCUUCUAUGGAAGUUUCUCAUAUAAAAUCCACUUUGCGGGACUUGAGAGAACAAAUGAGAAAUUCGCUACUAGGAGAGCCAUAUUCAAAAAGUGCACCUCACACACCUGCUAGACAACUUGCGUUCUCCUCAAAUUCCUUGGUUGGCAGUGUGCUGAAAGCGCAAUGGGAGGAGUGCAGGAGUGGUGAUGUAGAUGAGAGCUUACCAGAUAUGCUACGUGAGCUGAAUGAUAUAGUUUCAGACUUUACUAAUAUCUCAUCGCAGGUCUUAGAAAGAAAGUGGCAGGAAAUCAAAGACCUUAAAAGGGAAAUCACUAACCUGAAGGAGGACCUACUGAGCACAAGAUUCCAGCACUCUUCUGACUUGCGUAACAUGAGGGAAGAAAUAGAAAAAUUACGAUUGAAAAAUAAAAGCCUUGAUGAGGCCGUAUGCAGCAAGCAACAGUGUAUCCAGCAACUUGAGCAAAUUGUACAUCAACAAGGGGAAAGAGUCUUGCAGCAACUUAGUAUGGAGAAAGAGAGAGAGGAAAUGUUCCAUGAGCACAACACGUUGAAACGUUCACUGCAGAUGUAUGAAAAUGAAGCUAAAAUUCUUAAAGAUGAGUUGGCGAAAAAUUACAAAGAGGCGGCCAGAGACUGGAUUCAGGAGAAACUGAUUCUACACCAAGAUUUGGCAAAGUUAAGGUCAAUGCUACAUGAUACAGAAAACACAAAGUCUGAAAUUGUCCAUCGAGCAAUGAAACAUAGGAAUAUCCUUGAGGGGAAUCUUGCUCGUUCUGAGUCAGAGUUACAAAAGUUGGAUAAUCUUAUUGAAAAAAUUCGAGAGGCUCUGUUGUCCAUACCUGAAGUUGUGUCCAGCUGUGAAAAACUGAGACAAGUGAUGGAAUAUCUAGACUAGAGAAUAUCUGGUUAUUGUGGAUUGGUUCAAUUUUGUUUGGUCUUCAGAAGACCUAUGAUUAUGUCUAUAUGUUUAUAUACUAUGAAACCUAAGAAUAAUUUGUAUAGUUUUGCUUGUAAAACAUAAAUUAAAGUAUUGUUACAAAAACCA